AUGAAAGUACUCUGCGUAGCUGAGAAGCCGAGUAUAGCGAAGAGUAUCACCGAGAUUCUGUCUGGAGGAAGAUGGGAUACUAGGAACAGCCCUCACCAAUAUAUCCGAAAUUAUGAUUUCGAUUAUAAUCUUCCUCCUCCCCUUGGUAGUGGAAGAGGAACAGCAUUUACCGUCACAGCUGUCUUAGGUCAUCUUAUGAACUCUGACUUUGACGAUGAUCAUCGCAAAUGGCAUUCCUGCGAUCCAUUCACCCUAUUCGAUGCUCCUAUCCUCACUUCUGUUAGUAAGGACCUCAAAAAAGUUGAACAGAACCUCGUCAAUGAAGCUCGCCAUGCGGACAUGUUGAUGAUAUGGACGGAUUGCGAUCGAGAGGGUGAACAUAUAGGAUCAGAAGUAGCUACCGUAUGUCGCAAGGGCAAUCGAAAUAUCAUAGUGAAAAGAGCAAGGUUCAGUGCGAUCAUAGCUGCGCAAAUUCAUAAAGCUGCAAGAGAAGCGGAUGAUUUAGAUCAACGUCAAGCCGAUGCUGUAGAAGCUAGAAUGGCAUUAGAUCUCAGGAUAGGUGCAGUUUUUACUAGGUUUAUGACAAUGGGUUUACAGGUCAGGAUACCUGAAUUGGCGGAACAACUAGUCAGUUAUGGUCCAUGUCAAUUCCCUACUCUCGGCUUUGUGGUCGAUCAGUAUAACCGAGUGCAGUCCUUUGUCCCCGAGACCUUCUGGUACAUCUACGUUGGGAUAGAAAGGACAGAUGAAGAUGGGGAAGUAAGAACGGUAGAGUUCAAAUGGAGAAGAAAUCACCUUUUUGAUAUGGAUAUUGCUGCUAUACUUUAUGAACAAUGUGCGAUCAACCCAGAAGCUCGGGUGUUGAAGGUGGAAACUAAACCUACUACGAAAUGGAAACCACUUCCCCUCACUACUGUCGAACUGCAACAAUCAGGCUCAAGAUUACUUAGAAUGGCACCCAAACGUGUACUGGACAUCGCUGAAAAGCUCUAUCAAAAAGGUAUUCUGAGUUACCCUCGUACCGAAACGGACCAAUACGAUCGCGCAUUCGACUUCAAUAGUCUGAUUCAGAAGCAGACAUAUGAUAAUCAAUGGGGACAAUAUGCCUCAAGAUUAUUGAAUGGGGAAUAUCAACGUCCGAGGAAUGGUAAAAAGAACGACAAAGCACAUCCACCUAUCCAUCCUACCGCUCACGCAGGCAAUCUAGAAGGUGAUGAAAGAAGGGUAUUCGAGUUGGUCACUCGAAGAUUCUUAGCUUCGUGUUCGAAGAAUGCUGAAGGAAAGACUACAACGGUCGAAAUCAACAUUGCAGAUGAAUUUUUCCAUACGAGUGGUCUGGUCAUCAUUCAGAGGAAUUAUCUGGAAGUAUAUCCAUAUGAUAAAUGGUCCGAUUCCGCUCUGCCAGAUUUCCAAGAAGGCGAACAAUUUACUCCUUCCGUGAUCGAACUCAAAGAAGGCAGUACUUCUAGACCUAAUUUGCUCACAGAAGCUGAUCUAGUAGGAUUGAUGGAUAAGAAUGGGAUUGGUACCGAUGCUACUAUUGCUGAACAUAUUGCCAAAAUCAUCGAAAGGCAAUAUGUGCUAGAAAAGCAAGAACAGAAGACCAAAUAUCUCGUUCCCUCUCAACUUGGUGUAGGCCUCAUAGAGGGUUAUAACAAGAUUGAUUUCGAUAGAUCCUUGAGUAAACCUCACUUACGUCGAGAGACCGAACAUCGUAUGCAACUUGUAUGUGAUGGAGCUAAGGUGAAGAGAGAGAUACUGGAUCAGACUAUCGAUGAAUACAAGGAGGUUUUCAUCAAAGCGAAAAGGGAUUUUGAGAUCGUUAUAGAGAGCGUCAUCGAUUACCUUCACGGACAAGGAGAGGCUCAAGAAGCCUUGAGAGCUGCUACUCAAGCGAGGAGAGGGCGAGCUGGUGCAAGAGGUGCGAGAGGUGGAAGGGGCGGGAGAGGCGCUGGAGCUGGAGGUGCAACCCCAAGAGGAGGUGGUGGUAAUGAGGAUGAUGACGACAAUGACGGUGAAGACGGAGGCCCACCCAGAGGAGGCGGUCGGACUAGAGCUUCAGGAUCUGCAAGGGGAAGUAGAGGUACUUCGACGAGAGGCACGGGUACAAGGGCAGGAACGGGAUCAAGGGGUGGUGGUACUGGGAACACGGAUAAUGGUAACGAGUACGAUAACGGCACCAAGACUUGUGAAUGCGAUUUACCGGCUGUCUCUCGAACAGUCCAGAAAGCAGAUUCGCCCCACGUAGGAAGACAAUUUUGGACUUGCUCGAAACCUCAAAGUGAACAGUGUGGAUAUUUCGACUGGGCGGAUGAAGGUGGUAACCACUCGAAUUUUGGUGGUGGAUCUUCUUCAAGAGGACAACCUCCUGCGAAGAGGCAAAGACCUUCGAGUCGGAAUGAUAAUCCAGGGAAUGACGGAGAUGUACGAUGCAAUUGCGACCUCGAAGCCAGGUUCGGUACGGUCAACAAAGAAGGACCCAAUAAAGGUAGACAAUUUUGGGCAUGUCCUAAUAACCCGAAAGCAAGUUGCAAAUUCUUUCAAUGGGCCGAUGAAGAUGAAACUACCGCUGGAGGACCAAGUGGACCGAGUAAUUAUGGUAAUUCAAGGAACAAUAGUAGAGGAGGCGGUGGUGGUGGUGGUGGUGUUGGAGUCAGUGGUGAUUGCUUCAAAUGUGGUCAAGCAGGUCAUUGGUCAAAUGCCUGCCCUAACGAAUCGACUUCUGGGGGCUUUGGUGGCGGCGGCGGUGCUAGAUCAGGUGGACAAACGGGAGAAUGCUUCAAGUGCGGUGAAGCGGGUCAUUGGUCCAACUCGUGUCCUAAUGAUGGACUUGGUGGGCCAAGUGCAGGUGGUGGUCGAGGAGGAAGAGGAGGCGGUAGGGCGCGAGGUAAAGGCAGAGGCAGAGGCAGGGGACGAUAA